GACAGUAUCUUGAAUUCGCAACAUUGAACUUUUUAUAGUGUUCUAAAUAUUGUUGCAUAAAGCUAUUAAGAUGGUUAACUCUCAAAUCCUAAUUUUGUUCAUUUUAUCAUUAACCAUAACGAUAGUUAUGUGUCAAACGUUUACGUACAGUCACGGUUGGACAAAUGGAAAAAGAUCCACAUCGUUGGAGGAACUUGCGAAUAGGAAUGCAAUUCAAUCGGACAAUGUUUUUGCCAACUGCGAGUUACAGAAAUUGAGAUUAUUGCUUCAAGGAAAUAUCAAUAAUCAACUGUUUCAAAUGCCUUGUGAGCUGCUCAACUUUCCAAAAAGAAGCUUCUCCGAAAAUAUGAUCAACGAUCAUAGACAACCUGCUCCUACCAAUAACAAUUAUUAAUAAUAUCAACAUUGUAAUUUUUGGUCGCAAAAGCUUAAUCGAUUACGCAUUAUUUAUCAUCAAAUAAAGAGCAUCUUCGAAA